GACCCGGAAAAAACCGUAACAAUUGGCUAAACCGAUGACUUUCCCUACUGAUUGACCGGCCGGUUAUGAAUUAAAUUGAAUCAAAUCAAAUCACAGCUUCUUUCUUCUCCGACGAGCAUUUCUUCUUCAGUUUCUUCUCUUCUCAGCUCAAAAUCACAAAUCGUCAGCUUUUCGUCGCCGGAUUCUUGCAAUCGAGAACCAUCUGCCGCCGAUUUCCGUCUCUAAUUUCUUUCUCCGACUUCAAUCGAAAUGUUACGUUUGUUUAUUCAAUUAGAUUUGUCUUCAAGUUUUGUUCGAGUUUAGCAAAGCGAGGACUUUUUAUUCUCGAAUACGAGCUCGUGAUCAAUGGCCAUUUCUAUGGAAUCAAGCUCGAAAUCAAGGAAAGAAACCGUCUUGAUAAAAUACGCCAUCUUCUCGCGACUUCUCGUUCUCUUCUUAACCAUUUUGUGGCGGAGCUUACUCCAACCGUACGAUACAUCCGCUGCACUAAAUCCUCCUUGCUUGUAUCACAAAGAAGAUUCUCCUCCAUUUCUAGUAGCCAAUGCAACUUCGAGAUCCCUUGAAAACAGCGUUGUUUGGGACAGUGUCUACUUUCUCCGAAUCACCGAGUGUGGCUAUGAGUAUGAGCAGACUUACGCCUUCUUGCCUCUGCUUCCCUUCUUCAUCUCGCUUUUCUCUCGCACAGUUUUUGCGCCUUUGGUUCCAUUGAUUGGUCUUCGAGCUGUGAUGGUGUUGUCUGGUUACAUUGUCAGCAACUUAGCCUUCAUAUUAGCUGCUAUCUAUCUAUUCAGGCUUUCAGUUAUUAUCUUGAAGGACUCUGAAGCAUCAUUCAGAGCUUCGAUUGUGUUCUGUUUCAAUCCGGCAUCCAUAUUCUAUUCGUCAAUAUAUUCAGAGAGUCUAUAUGCUCUUUUUUCAAUUGGAGGCGUGUAUCACUUGUUAUCUGGUACAAGCAAUGUAGCCGUUCUCUGGCUUGCACUCUCUGGUUGUGCAAGGUCUAAUGGAGUUCUUAAUGCUGGUUAUAUCUGUUUCCAGACAAUGCAUCGAGCAUAUGAAGCUUUAUAUCAGAAAAGGCGCACGUAUUUGGCUAUGCAGGUUUUGGUUGCUGGAUUUCUUAGAUGCGUAUGCAUUUGUCUUCCUUUUGUCGCGUUUCAAGCAUACGGAUACUAUAACCUUUGUCAUGGACGUACACUUGAUGAAAUGAGGCCUUGGUGCAAAGGAAGGAUACCUUUGCUGUACAACUUCAUUCAAAGUCAUUAUUGGGGAGUAGGUUUCCUAAAAUACUUUCAGUUUAAGCAGCUCCCAAACUUUCUGCUCGCAUCCCCAAUUCUUUCUUUAGCUGUUUGUUCGAUUAUGAGUUACAUGAAGUCUCGGCCUGAGCUCUUCAUUUCGCUGGGUUUUCAAGCUACCGAGAAAGAAAAGAGAUCUGUUGCAGGGCUUUAUUCUCUGAAGGAUGCAGUUAAACCAAAUGUUAAAACUUCAACAAAUGAAGGAAACCGUGACAUCAGACAGCGGAAACCCAGCAGUAAGAAGGAUGUGACUGUGACCAAAGUGGCUGCGGCAUCCAACUCUCCAGAAAAAUCAGGAUACUUUUCAGCUGACGUUUUCCCAUUUAUUGUACACUUGGGUUUGAUGGCAACCACGGCAUUCUUCAUCAUGCAUGUUCAGGUUGCAACACGGUUCUUGUCGGCAAGCCCUCCACUUUACUGGUUUGCAUCGUCUUUGAUUGCAUCUCCAGAACAUAGUAAAUGGGGAUACUUGAUAUGGUCCUAUUGUGCAGCCUAUAUCCUUCUUGGCACUUUGCUCUUCUCAAACUUUUAUCCCUUCACUUGAUCUAAUGGUUUUCUCAGCGUCAUUUGAUAUGUUCUUUUGGUCUGUUUUGUAAAAGAUGUGACACUGAGGCGACUGUUUCACUGUAAAAACUAGUUAGAUUAGAUCAAUGAAGGGUGUGGUGUUUACUCUUGUU